CUACCCUAACCCUUUUGUUUAUUGUUUCAGCUUCAGCUCAGUGCCUUUGAGUUUGUUAUGAUUUAAAUUAAAAUUAUAUUAAAUAAUUGUUAAGUUCGUUAUGAUUUAACAUCGAACCAACAAAAUUAUGUUUCCACUCAAAUCAAUUUUACGUUGUCCAGGUUCGAUCUACAUUCAAACAUUGAGGUGUAUCUCGGUAAGUCCUCCAAAGUCCAGACUGCGAAACGAAAGUGUUUCCGUUAACAUAUUCGAUAGAAACACAAAAACGUUGCAAAGACAAAGGGCAGCUAUUGCCGACGAUGUUAAUUUAUACGAUUACUUAAAAGACGAAAUCGGUUUCCGGCUCGCCGACCGUGUUUUCGAUAUAAAACGAAAGUUCAAAUUGGCCGCAGAUAUCGGUUGUAAUCGAGGCUAUGUUUCUAAGCACAUAUCCCCCGAGUCGGUUGAGGAAUUGAUUAUUUGCGAUGUCAGCCAGAAGAACCUGGAUAUGGUUCCUGUCAUGGAAGGAAUUAAAGUUAGAAAGCAAAUUUUGGAUGAGGAAUAUAUUGAAUUCAAAUCAAAUUCUUUGGAUUUGGUAAUCUCUUGCCUAAGCUUACAUUGGGUCAACGAUUUGCCCAACGCUUUCCAUAAAAUUCUAGAUAGUCUUAAAGAGGAUGGAGUAUUUUUGGCUUCCUUAUUCGGAGGAGAUACUUUAUACGAACUGAGAUCUUCUUUGCAGUUAGCUGAGCUAGAAAGAAAAGGUGGAUUGUCACCGCGCAUAUCUCCUUUUACUGAAGUCAGAGAUAUAGGGAGUUUAUUGACAAAUGCUGGAUUUACAAUGUUGACUAUUGAUACUGAUGAAAUUGUUGUCAAUUAUCCUAGUGUUUUUGAAUUGAUGUGGGAUCUAAAAGGUAUGGCCGAAAGUAAUGCAGCCUUAAAUAGAUCAAUACAUCUACCCAGAGAUAUACAGUUUUCUGCGGGUGCCAUUUAUCAGCAACUUUAUGGUAAAACCGACCCUGAAACUGGAAAAACAUCAAUUCCUGCAACAUUUCAGGUCAUCAACAUGUUGGGCUGGAAGCCUCAUCCCAAACAACCCAAACCCCUUCAGAGGGGUUCAGGAGAAGUGUCUCUGAAAGACUUGAACAAAUUGGAUGAGAUUGUUCGAGAAGUGAGGACGAUCAAAGAUGAUAAAAGUUAAAAAUUUUUGGACCAAUAAUAUUGUUGAAUUAGAUAUUUAUUUUGUUAUAUGAAUGAAAAUAAUCUGUGUAUAAAAUACAAUGACAACGUAUAAAAAAAAAUUGUCCCUAUUCUUUCCGAAAAUGUAAGGUGAUACAAGAA